GUUGCCGUAAGAUUCUCUAAGUAACAGCUUGGAAUAUGAAUACAUUAUAUAUCAUACUCCUAAAUAUAUCAACACAUUAUAUAUUUCCUUAAAAUGUGUCUUAAUAUUGUAUCUGAUAGAUGUUAAAUUAUUGUGCAUUUAUUAAACCCUUAGCAUAUGGAUCGGGAUAUCUGAUCGUUACAAUAAACUAGUGCCGCUGGUAUUAGAGAGAGAGAAAAAUAGCUAUUUCGCGCUCAGUAUAUUUGUGCAACUAUUUUUGGGAUACUUGUUGUUCAAAUUAGUUUCUGUUACGGAUGCUGAAUUACUUUUAUUGACAGGUCGGUAAAUCAUCUAAGCAAAAGUGUUCAUUGACAAAAUAUUGACUGGAAAUGAUAUCGGCAAGUCGUUGAUUUGUAAUCACAUAGCGGUAAAUGGAUGCUAUAACAAUAUUCUUCCGUUCUGAUGAAAUUCGUAUUUGCAUAUAUUCAGGACUGAACGAUGGCAGUUUCAGCUGUUCGAUAGAUACUCUGCUUAUUUGAAAUAUUCUUGGAUGCUGUGUUUGACAGUGUGAAAGAACAAUCGAAUGUCCGUAUACUAGAAGAAAAUGCUAAGUGUCUGGAUGUUAGUGUUUUACUUAAUGGAGGUCUCAGGAGUGAAUGUACAUCAUAUAUCAAAUGAGCAAAGACUCCAUCACUAUAUUAUGCAGGAAAAACGAUACAACAAACUUGUACGUCCACCAGGAGUAUCAAGUUACACCCUGGGCCAAAAGUCAGCCGGGCUAGCAGGGACUGAAUCUACAUCCAAUACACUCACUGUAAAACUCGGAAUCAGUCUUUCGCAAAUUUUGCUUGUGUCGGAGAAGAAUCAGAUUGUGACCACAAAUAUAUGGCUUAGACAUGAAUGGAUAGAUUCUCGCAUAACCUGGGACCCUGAUAACUUUGGUGGGCUAAAAUAUACACAUUUUCCAUCCGAUGAUUUGUGGCGACCUGACAUCAUACUUUACAAUAAUGCGGAUGGGGACUUUAAUGUUACACUGUUGACGAAGGCAACUGUCUUCAGCACGGGUCGUAUUCUGUGGGAGCCACCUGCCAUUUACAAAAGCUAUUGUCCAAUAAACGUCGAGUUUUUUCCGUUUGACCAACAAGAGUGCUUCAUGAAAUUCAGCUCUUGGACAUAUGAUGGAAACUCGAUUGAUCUACGACAUAUAAGAGAAGAAUCGGGAAUAAAAUUUGAUAAUAUGACGAUUUACCCAAAAGGAAUUGAUCUAUGUGAAUACAACCAAAAUGUUGAAUGGGACAUUAUCAAUGUAACAGCAAGACGAAAGGAGAAGUUUUACCCUUGUUGUCCAGGGAGCCCUUAUCCGGAUAUCACUUUUAACAUUACCAUACGAAGAAAAACUUUAUUUUACACAAUUAAUCUUAUUAUGCCAAUUAUAGCAAUAUCAACACUGACGGUGCUUGUGUUCUAUUUACCGAGUGACUCUGGAGAGAAAAUAACUCUCUCUAUCUCCAUUCUACUAGCAUUGACUGUGUUUUUCCUGUUACUUUCUGAUAUAAAUCCUCCAACAUCUAUUGUUAUACCAUUAAUAGGAAAAUAUUUGCUGUUUACUAUGAUCGUGGUGACAAUGUCUAUAUUCCUAACAGUUUAUACACUAAGUGUCCACUUCCGGUCUCCGGCUACACACAACAUGUCGCCAUGGAUAAAGCGCGUGUUUACAGAAAUUCUUCCGAAAAUACUUUGCAUGAAGCGACCUGUACAGGAGAAAAGAGAUCAAAGGGAGAAUGAAGAAGUCACAGCUAAUCUUCUAGAAGAUGCUGUUAAUGAAGACCUGGUUCAGCAACCAAAUUAUGCCAACUUACGUCGUCGUAUGGCGCCCGCAUACAAACAGGUCCUUGUUGGCUACCCAGAGGAAAUUAGGGCAUCAUUAAAAGGAGUCACUUACAUUGCGGAACAUCUGAAGUCUGAGGAUCAUAAUAAUUCGAUUGAAAGAGACUGGAAUUAUGUUGCCAUGGUGAUGGAUCGGUUGUUUCUGUUUAUUUUUACAACAGCUUGUAUUUGUGGAACAAUCGGAAUAUUCCUGAAUGCACCGUCUAUCCAUGAUCCUAGAAUGCCUAUGUCAAAAGAUGACUUUAACUGUUCUAAACGUUAAAUAUAUGAAAACCGUUUGUGAAUGAAGAAUUUCUGUUUGACUAUACCUGUCUUUCAGUGACUGACGUCUUUAGUAGUGAAAACCACUGUUUCAUUGGUUGAUACUGACCCGAUUUUUAAACAGGCUUUAGUCUAGUGUUGCCUGUUACUGGUGCGCAUCCCGUGAAGUGAAUGUCGAUGUGCAAAUUGUCAAAGCAAAUGAGUAAAUAAUAUAUGAAUCUCGAGUGAUAAACUUGCUCAACAAAACCAGCCACCAGUUGUACGUAUGCUUGUUUCCUGGAGAACAUAGUACGUUUGUUGUUUGUUUUGCAAUGUAUCAGAUGUUUCAAUAUAGUAAUCUGUCACUGGUUGUAGUUGCAGAUUGGAAUUUCUGGGUUGUGGGUAACUGUUUCGGCGGGAACAACGCUGCUGACUUACCGCCAAAACAGUUACCCUCAACCUUGAAAUCACAUCUGUAUCUACUACAAGUGGUAGACUUUUAUUGCUUACCGUACUUUAUAAAUUAUAGACUAAAUAAAGUGAAACGAAAUAUUUUCUUCGUAAUACUCUUUCUUAUUGUAGCGUUUUAAACAAAGCGCGGGAGAUUAAUUAAUGCACUAAAUGCUGUCGAUUGUAGCAUGCCACAUAUACAUUUUUCCGCAAGUGAAUGCUUCUUUUUUCAUACAGGGCAGCAACUUAGAAAUGAUUUAGACCUAUUUUGGAAGGACGUUCAGCGUAAAUGUUCUUUUAUGGUACAAGCUUCUAUUAACAGAAUCUUGUUAUAUUAUCAACCGAGUAUGACUGUUGCAUGAAACACUUUAACAUUAUAAUUUGAUACACAGUGUUGCGUUUAAUCGUAGAAAAAUGCCAUAAGCAGCUGGUCUGAAAUAGUUUUUUUGUCACGUGAAUAGAAUAUGCUCAUUUAAAUAAUCAUGUAGUUAAUAAAACCACGUGCAUAAAUAUUUGCAUAAAUUAUAUUCAAUCUAUUGUACUGUCAAUCUGCCCGACCUACCGCUCGUUCAUUCAUGUAUCUACUCAUUCUAUUACUACUUUAAAGAGAUUUGGAAUGCAUUGCACACUUUGCUGUAUUAACAUAUAAAAGAAAAAAAAAUGUCAUUUUGAAACAUAACAAUAUUUUAUUUAUGUUCCUUGGCUAACAUUUGCGCCUGUUAGAUUAAGUCAGAAUGUGAGGUUCAUGUCUCCGUAUAUCACAGCUCAUCCAUCAGAGACCGAUAUCCGUCCUAAAACAAUGAAUAAUAGCGAUAAUUGAAUUCUUAUUGCAAUUUCUUGAUACUCGUUUGUCUAUCUCAAGUCAAUUAAUUACAGUUUUAUCCCCGCAAGGUCAUUCAUCAAUGUCUGAAAACACCAAUUGUUUCUAUCACUUUCGACACGGGAAAUUGAUAGUUCGAGAGCUUUAUCCUGAUUUUUGCAGUUCUUCGGUAGUAACGAUUCACCAAGAACUCAAGCUGGUACUUAACUUCAUUUUUUGACUUAAGUUCAUGUAUUAAAAUUCUGAAAGCAAUGAAUAGAAAGAAAACAUUGUUAUAAUGAAAUUCUGAUUCUGUAUUUGAUUUUGUGAUACCUGCAUAAUAUAAUUCAAUUAGACA